AUGGAUGCUACAUCAUUUAAUAAUUCUGCAAAAGAAAAUUAUUCUGAGAAAAUCUAUCGAGAACUGCCACAUCAUCAUUUAUCAAUGAUUCAAAUAGAGGAUCAAAAAGAAUUUAAUCAUCGAUUAUUGAAAAGUAAUUCACACCAUUCACGUGAAAGAAUCUCAUCAAAAAUGAAUCUACUUUCAAAUAAAACUCGUGUGAUUGUUCGGUCAAUAUCAAAUCAAAAUUUGAAUCGAUCCCAAUCAAAUUCUGCAGCACCUAGUGAACAGAAAAACUUAACUGAUGAUUUAGGAACAAUGAAUUUACAUAUUAUUGUAGCACCAGUAAAUUCAUUUAAUUGUCAAAAUAUGACCUUAGAAACUAAUUUAGUGAAAAAUCAUAUUGAUUUUCGUAAGCAACUAGCUGAUACGCUUUGCUGUCGUUCAUAUGAACCAUUACCAUCAAUGAAUACUGGCACAUGUUGUAACCAUUACCGACCCAUAUUCUUUCCGUGUACAUCUAACGAUCAUUUAAAACCGAUUUUUCCAUCAUCUAUGCCACAAAAAAAAUUAAACAACAAAAGAGAAAUGUCUCAAAAAUCGAAAUCAUUUGCACAAAUUCCAGAUGGAAAUCAAACUCAGCGUAGUUCGUAUACGGUAUCUCCAAGUAUUCAAUCUCAUUUAACAAUUUCGCCAGUAGAUGAACAAUUAUCAACUGGUACUAAGCUACAUAAAGACACCAGUGAACAAAAUCAUUCAGUAUUGUCGUUUUCUGAUCAUGAGUCAUCUUCAUCGGAAAAAUCCGAAGCAAUACUCGAUAAUUAUAAUCUAUUGACAUCAAAUGCACAAAUGUUGGUUGAUGAUUCAAUUCAAAAUGCUCAAGAAAAAUAUAAAAGAUUAAUUGGCACGAAUACCGAUCAAAAUCCAAAAUAUUCCUUAUUAGAUAAAGAUAAGGAAAUAAUUCAAAAUAAACCAAAAUCAGUCACCAUAUCCGAUGAAUUGAACACAAUAAAAUCAUCGAAUGAAAAUAAGUUAUGUGAAGAACUUUGUAAUAAACUCGAUCUGUCAGAUUCGAAUCAAAUUACUGAAAUUAUUAACAUACUCUCGAUAAAUGCACCACAUAUUCUCAAAGAAAAAAAUCUUAAAAAGAAAAUUUUACUUAAUGAUUUAAAUGCGAACAAAGGUGUCUAUGAUAACUAUACUAUUUUAUAUAAUUAUAAACAAUUAUUACUUCAUCCACCGUUCAAACCAAAACGAUUGAUUCAAUUAUGUCCAGAUGGUACAAUUCAAGUUCUAUCAGCUGUUGACGAUAAUUCAAAUGAAAAUAAAAUAAUUAAUCAACAACAAUAUCAUCUCAAUUAUUCCAAUUCAGCUGUAACGCCAUGCAUACAACAAAAUCACAUUUUCACCGAUGAAUCUUCUCUGUAUUUGGAAUAUGAAGCAGCAGCAACAGCUUUACUAGAUUUAAAUAAUAAUUCACAAUCUCAAACAAAAACUAGGAUUUCUUUUGAUCAUUUAAUUAUAGAUCAAAAUUCAAUAGUAUCUGUUCAACAGAAGACGCCUGUACCUAAGUAUGAUAGUUCAUUAGGAUAUUCAUCAACGCAUGCGAGUGAAGUUCAACUUAAUACUGAUCAUUCGAAAAUUGAUUUUCACGAUCACGACCCAGUUGUAAUGGUCGAUCUUGAUCUACAGGAUGAAACAAUUGAGAUAAACAAUAUUGAUGAUGAUAAUUCAUUACCAGAAAUCUUUUUCAGACGCAUUAUUGCACGUCAAAGUUAG